AUGGAGGACUCGUCUUUCUCAAGCAACUCGGAGGAGACGGCGGGUCUGAACAAUAGGGACGAAAGCUUUGUCAGGAAUCAUGAACUUUCUGCGGAGUCACGCACGUCAGCGGCGGAAGCGGAUCAAGGCUCGAAAUCUCAGAAAUCUCGUUUCCAAAACAUUCCGUUUCGCAUUCACGGAUGGCCAGGCCUGGGUAGAAGGUCUGUCGAGCAGAGACACCGACACCUGCAUCGGCGACAAGCAUCAGAUUCGAUUGCAGGGCCCGCUAUGCCAAAUGUUGUCGACGCAAUUGCGAUGAUGUCUGUCGGCCUUGAUGCAGAUGGCAACGGGAGCCUCGUCCAAGUGUCUACCGUCUCAACUCCUUCGUUGGAAGCUCCGACUGCACUGCCCACUAUAUCUAGUAUACCUACAGCAGUGUCAUCGAUCCCACCACUGCUUUCGUCGCAGUCAGAAGCAUCUUCUUCACAAGCAUCAUCUAGUUCCACGCACUCGAAAGCCUCACAAACGAGCGCCAUGUCGACCACCACGCCGUCGACAACGUCAUCGGCUUCCAGCUCGAAACCAACAUAUAUCUCGAGCUCCCGGCCGGUCGUCAGCUCUUUCUCUUCUUCACAAUCUUCUAUUCUUUCCUCUUCCUUUUCCUCUUCUUCCUCUUCUUCUUAUUCUUCUUCUUCUUCUUCAGAGAUCUCGUCUUCCAAAACUUCCUCUUCUGCCAACUCCUCGACUGAGACUUCAGGGACACCAAGUUCCUCGAUAACCUUUGCGCCAACACAAACCAGUGCCACAGGCACGUCAGCGUCUCCGAUUACUAGUAAUUCGACAGCUACUGCUUUGAGAUCUUCUACUCAAAACACCUCGCUUCAGUCAGACAGUGCCAGUGCACAAGUGUUUUCCGGAAACUCCACAUCGUCGGCGAUACGCUCGACAAGCUCCACCUCCCUCUCUGGCUCUACGCAUCUAUCCUCGACAAGUAGCGGCCCUACGACACUCUCGUCAUCGACAUCAUCGAGGUCUUCGUCCUCCUCACCUUCGAAGACUAAGACGUCAACACCCAAGACUCAUGAGAGUAGCACUUCUACCACGAGCAGCGCGAAUUCUAGUUCAAGCUCUUUCGUUGCUGCCUCCACAACAUUGGACUCUAGCCCAUCUACUACAUCUGCAGCCACGUAUGUUGGCCAGACAAAUACUGGUGCUUCUGCGACUUCAGCGGUCUCGACCAUAUCCACUAGCGCGAGUGCUUCUUCAAGCACUGCGGCUAACAAUAGCCAACAGAGUAACGGCUCUAAUAUGACAGCUCCCAUGCCUGCCGUAGUAGGCGGGGUGGUUGGCGGCAUCGCUGGUCUCGCCAUUCUUUUUGUCAUUACUUUGCUCUUGCUUAGAUGGAAGAAGCAAAAGAACCGGGCACUUGAUUCCGUGUCGGGCGGGGGUACCGACUACGGUGCGUCAAGGGAGACCAUAGAACCUACUGGCCUCUCUGGAGGCGGUAUGGUGCAACGGUCGAGCCACACACCGCUCGCAGCAGCAGCGGCGUUUGGAACAAACGGAUUACUGAAGCUCCUCCGUCCGCUCUCGCAGCAGACCGCAACGACCACUGAGACAGCCCCAAGUCAGCGAGGCUUUGAAAAGAUCAGCGGCCGGAAGCUGCCUUCAAUCUUCAGCCCGGGAGCAGGCGACGGCUUCCCCACCAGCAGCCGCGAGACGUUUGCAGGUUCAUCAAUUUACGGGGAGGAACCGGGCUUCUAUGGCACCGGUGGUGCUACGGAAAGUCCCUACGUUGAUACUGGCGCCUUUGAGCAUCAAGUCCAUCCUCCUGCAAAUUGGAUGGCGGAAGAAGUCGCUAUGAUGCGACCCAGUCCCGGACGGUCACCGGUUCCACAUCAAGGCGCUGGUUUUGCAACACCUUCGCCCCGUACGUCUCCUGUUCCAAAGAGACCUCUGCCUCCCGAUGGUUUAGGUCGGAGUCAUCCCUCGCAUGACGGCUCGAGAAGUUCAAGGUUUACCGAGAACAUUACGUGA